UUGAACGUGGCGCCCCGAGUCUUCGUCUGUCACCCUCUCUCCCCAUUUCACGGUGGGGAGCCUGUGGCUCUGAGCCCUUCAGUGAGACACAGUAGGACCCGUCCCCUUCGUUUCUGACCAGGUCCCGGCGGCUCAGACUCCGCGAUGCAACGGCGAGGGUUGGCAGCGUCUGGGCAGCCCCCCGGGGAGCCUGGGCCUGGCUCCGCGGAGUUGUGGGAGCAGGAGAUGGAGCGGCUGUGCGCCUCCAGGGUGCCGGUGCGCGCCCUACCCUACCCCAUGGAGGACAAGCGCGUCAUCUGGUGGCUGCGAGUUCCAGACGGGGAGCAGCCCUCGUGCUGGGAGCGGUGGCUGCGCAAGCGACAGAUGGAGAGACGACGCCUCCGGGACUCCGUGCAACGGCUGGCCCGAGGCUUCGGGCUCUGGGAGGCGGCUCUCUACGAAAUCGGGGGCCUCUUUGGCACCGGCAUCCAGUCCUACUUCACCUUCCUGCGCUUCCUGCUGCUGCUCAACCUGUUGACCUUCCUGCUGACCGCCAGCUUUGUGCUGCUCCCCCUGGUCUGGCUACAUCCCCCUGUCCCCGGGCCAGCUCUGAACCUGACCCUCCAGUGCCCUGGCAGUGACCAGCCCCCAGCUGGCCUUCAGAGAUUCCACAACCAAUUCUGGAACAUCUUGACUGGCAGGGCCUUCAACAAUACCUACCUCUUCUAUGGGGCCUACCGUGCGGGGCCUGAGACCAGUUCAGCAUACAGUGUCCGCCUGGCCUACCUGCUCAGCCCGCUCUUCUGCCUGCUCCUCUGCUUCUGUGGGACCCUGAGGCGGAUGGUGAAGGGGCUGCCACAGAAGCCGUUCCUGGGCAGGGGCCACAGGAGGGCGCUCAGCACCAAGGUCUUCUCCUCCUGGGACUUCUGCAUCCACGUGCCUGAGGCCGCCUUCCUCAAGAAACGUGAAAUCAGCAAGGAGUUCAAGGUGGAGCUGGAGGAGCAGCAGAGAUUCGAACAGGUGCAGCAGCAGACCGGGGCCCAGAGGGCCUACCACCUGCUCACCUACCUGCGGGUCAACCUUCUCAUUGGGCUUUUGGUGGCCGGGGCCAUCAGUGCCAUCUUCUGGGCCACCAAGUACUCGCAGGACAACAAGGAGGAGGAGCUGUUUCUACUGCUUCAGUACCUGCCCCCUGGGGUCAUCGCCAUGGUCAACUUCCUGGGCCCCCUGCUCUUUGUGUUUCUAGUCCAGCUGGAGAACUUGCCCCCCAACACAGAGGUCAAUGUCAUCCUCAUCUGGUGUGUGGUGCUGAAGCUGACCAGCCUGGGCAUGUUCUCCUUCUCGCUGGGCCAGACCGUGCUGUGCUUGGGCCGCAACACAACAAGCUGCGAGUCCUACAGCUACAACGCCUGUGACUACCAGUGCUGGGAGAAUUCCGUGGGGGAGGAAUUCUACAAACUCAGCAUCUUCAACUUCCUCCUCAUGGUGGCAUUCACCUUCCUGGUCACCCUGCCUCGCAGACUGCUGGUAGAUCGGCUCUCUGGCCAGUUUUGGGCCUGGCUGGACCGGGAGGAGUUCUUGGUCCCCAAGAAUGUGCUGGACAUCGUGGCAGGGCAGACAGUCACCUGGAUGGGCCUCUUCUACUGCCCGCUGCUGCCCCUGCUCAACACCAUCUUCAUCUUCCUCACCUUCUACAUUAAGAAGUACACUCUCCUGAAGAAUUCCAGGACGUCCCCGCGUCUCUUCCGUGCCUCGAGCUCCACUUUCUUCUUCCAGCUGGUCCUCCUCCUGGGCCUGCUCCUGGCUGUGCUGCCCCUGGGCUAUGUGGUCACCAGCAUCCAUUCUUCCUGGGACUGCGGCCUCUUCGGCGCCUACUCGGCCCCCUGGCAGGUGGUCCCGGAGCUGGUGGCCCUUCACCUCCCCCUGGUCGGCCAGCGCACACUCCACUACCUCAGCUCCAAUGCCUUCAGCUUCCCGCUCCUCCUCCUGCUCAGCCUUGUCCUGACAGCGUGCGUCUCCCAGGCCAAAGCCAACGCCCAGGCCAUCCAGGAGCUCCGGAAGCAGCUGUUGUGGCAAGUCAAGGAUAAGUGGCAUCUGGUGGAGGACCUGUCAAGGCUGCUCUCCAAGUCAGGUCCCAUCGACUCUCCAGAGCCCGAGUCCCCUCGUCCCCGAGCCUCGCGCCCGCGCUCCUUCUGCCCUGGAUUCCCGUGCCCAGGUUCCCCGGGCCCCAGGUCCCCCUGGCUGGGAUCCUCCCUCGGACAUCCAGCAGGGAUGCAUUCUCACAGCCCUGGACCACACGGAAGUCCCGUUCCAGUCUGCAGAUUCCGCUAUCCCAGCACCGUGGAGCCGUAGCCAAGAGCCUGCCGCCGCCUGGACCCACACUCCGGGCCGCUGGGGACCACCUCCAGGCCUGGGUCUGUGGCCUGGUCCCUGCUGAGGUGCAUACUCACUCUGGAGCUGCCCAGAAGAAAUAAGGACUUCAAUUUGCUUCUGUCUAUCUUCAAUUAAGGCAUCUAUUUUUUGUGCGAAUGUUUUACA